GCGCGCCCCGCUAUUAGGGGGAAUGCGGUAGCGCGGUGGCUGCAGGGGACCGGCGCUGCCGCCGCCGCCGCCGAGGGGCUGCCGCUGCGCGGAGAGCGCCGCGGAUCUGCUCGCCGGGGAGUCGCGUCCGCCGGCGCAGGCUCCGCGCCCAGCAGCGGGAGCGAAGGGAAGGGAAAGGAAGGGAAGGAAAGGGGCGCGCACCCCUCCGCCGCCGGAGGAGGAGGAUGAGCGGGGCGCUGCGGGGAGCGGCGCCGGCUGCAGUGAGAAAGACAUGGUGGCUGUGAGUGGGAUCUAGCGUUCAUGGUUGAAAAGAGCUUUCCACACUGGAGUGAGCACUCAAAAGGAGUGAAUGAGAUGAACUGUUUGGGUUAUAGUAUCUGAAAGGCUAAAUUAUUCUCUUGGAGAGACGUUCUAAAUGAGCCUGACCAAGAUCCUGGAUCUGUGUGAAGAGGACUAAGGAUAUAGGAUGUCAACUGAGACAGAACUUCAAGUGGCUGUUAAAACCAGCACAAAGAAAGACUCCAAAAAGAAAGGUCAGGAUCGCAGUGAAGCCACUUUAAUAAAGAGGUUUAAAGGUGACGGUGUCCGAUACAAAGCAAAACUGAUUGGGAUAGAUGAGGUUUCCGCGGCACGAGGAGACAAGUUAUGCCAAGACUCCAUGAUGAAGCUCAAGGGAAUUGUUGCUGCAGCUCGUUCGAAAGGAGAACAUAAACAAAAAAUCUUCUUAACAGUCUCCUUUGGGGGAAUCAAAAUCUUCGACGAAAAGACAGGGCUACUACAGCACCACCAUGCAGUUCAUGAAAUUUCAUACAUCGCAAAGGAUAUCACAGACCAUCGAGCAUUUGGAUAUGUAUGUGGAAAGGAGGGAAAUCACAGAUUUGUGGCAAUAAAAACAGCCCAGGCAGCUGAACCUGUAAUUCUGGACUUGCGAGACCUGUUUCAGCUCAUCUAUGAACUGAAACAAAGGGAAGAAAUGGAAAAAAAGGCACAAAAGGACAAACAGUGUGAACAAGCGGUAUACCAGACAAUUUUGGAAGAAGAUGUAGAAGAUCCUGUAUACCAGUACAUUGUGUUUGAGGCUGGACACGAGCCAAUCCGUGAGCCUGAAACGGAAGAAAACAUUUAUCAGGUUCCUACCAGCCAAAAGAAGGAAGGUGUUUAUGAUGUGCCAAAAAGUCAACCUGUAAGUCUGCAGAAUGGAAACUUAUUGCUGGACAUUGAUGAAAAUCUUGUUUCAGUCACUCAGGCUGUUACCCAACUAGAGCUUUUUGGGGACAUGUCCACUCCUCCUGAUGUAACCUCUCCCCCAACUCCUGCUACUCCAGGUGAUGCCUUUAUCCCAUCUUCAUCCCAGUCACUCCCUGCUAGUACAGACAUGUUUGGUUCUGUACCUUUCAGCACUGCUGCCGUACCCUCAGGUUAUGUUGCCAUGGGAGCUGUUCUGCCCUCAUUCUGGGGACAGCAACCACUUGUUCAACAGCAGUUGGCCAUGGGUGCUCAGCCUCCAGUUGCUCAGGUGAUGCAGGGAGGACAGCCGAUAGCGUGGGGCCAACCCGGUAUUUUUCCUCCUACUCAGCAACCGUGGCCAUCUGUAGCUGGUCAGUUCCAACCAACUGCCUUCAUGCCAACACAAACUGUUUUGCCUUUACAAGCAGCCAUGUUUCAAGGUACCAUUGCUCCUAUAGCUACUGUUCCACCCACAAGUGAUUCCAACAGAUCGAGUCCACAGACAGACAGGCCCAGACAGAAAAUGGGAAAAGAAAUGUUUAAAGAUUUCCAGAUGGCUCAGCCUCCACCAGUGCCAUCAAGAAAACCAGAUCAGCCUUCCCUCAGUUGUACCUCAGAGGCCUUCUCAAGUUACUUUAACAAAGUUGGGAUGGCACAGGAAGCAGAUGAUUGUGAUGACUUUGACAUCUCUCAGUUAAAUUUGACUCCUGUGACUUCCACGACACCAUCUACAAAUUCACCUCCAACCCCUGCACCCAGACAGAGUUCUCCAUCAAAAUCAUCAGCAUCUCAUACCAGUGAUCCUGCUGCAGAUGACCUCUUUGAAGAGGGGUUUGAAAGCCCAAGCAAAAGUGAGGAGCAAGAGGCUCCUGAUGGGUCUCAGGCCUCAUCCAACAGUGAUCCAUUUGGUGAGCCAACUGGUGAUACUAUAAGUCCACAGGUCGGUAGCUAGAUAGCGCAGGUUGGGGAAGCAGAACCUCUCUACGCCCAGAUCAACAGACCUAAGAAAUAGCAUUGUUACAGGCUUGUGGUGCUCCAAGACUCAAAUGAAACCCUACAACCUGGCAGGCCUUUGGCUCUCAUGCUUUUUUCCGAUUGAUUUUGACAAGGAGAGAUGAUUGCCCUCCUGGACUGGCUCUACAAGUGUUCCUGACAUUUUUUUUGGCAACUAACGGCAGAUUCCUAUGGCAGCACAAAAUAAAAACUCUCCCUGCUUAUCAUACCACGAGUCCAGCCCUGUCCUCACAAGUCAUGGGUAUCCAGACUAGGAAAUCUUACUUCUCAGUCUUCUUUUAAACAUUUGUUAUCUUCUGUCUGCCACAUAUAAAUAAUGAGCAUCUGAAAUUUAUUGAGUAUUAGACAUUCUUUUUCUUUUGAGCAAAAAGCAGAGUCUGUAUGUAGCAGUGGCAUUAUCAUUCAACAGCCUUUUGGGCACAAGUCGGCACUUUUUAUGUCAUGGUGACAUGUUUUUCAUCAUCAUUUACAUCAGGCUGAUCCUGACUUUUUUUGUUUUUUUUUUUUUUCCUGCGUAGACAUAUUUAAACAACAACAAAAAAUCCUGGCAGUGUCAUUUUUUUUUUUUUAUUUCUUAUUCUGUAGUUUUGUAUGAGUGACAGAUCUAACAGCAAAACGCCUCCUGCGGAAAUGAUUCCUAACUUGAAACCACAGAGUAAAACUCAGUUGUUUAUCCACCCUGACUGAAAAUGUUGCCAAAUGGACCUUUAAGUUCUAGCGCAUCAUGAGGAAGAAAUGCUGCUUUCUGUUUGAAUACUCAUGUUGUGGGUAGAGAAAGGACAUCGAGUCCCACUGAGGAAAGACGAAAGAGUCAGUAUUUCCUAGGAAACUCUAAACAAAGUGCAGAAAAGGAAUAUUUUUAUUUCUUCAAUAUCUUGCUGCUGUAAUGCUAUGCAGACAAGUGUUUUCUUCUCUGUGUGCCAUUUUUGAUGAAAAAAAAAAAUCAUUUGCCAAAUAAUACUGGUAUGAUUCUGGUUUAGGAAUUUGGAUGAAGCGGACUUUACAAAUGGGACAAGGAUGGCAUGGAUUUUGGAAUAACAAACUGAUUCCGUGAUCAAAUUGUUCAUCUUUAUCACUUUUUGUACAUCAGAAAAAUCAAAUGGGAUUUUUAUUUUAUAACUUGAAAAAAUCUUACUGUUAAACUCUUUAAAUGUUUAAGGGGAAAUGGCUUUAAGGAGUUCGAAUGAAAAUUGCCAGUUUUUUUGUAAAUAUAAAUGUUAUGAAAAUUCUUUUACUAAUGCCAUUACACAGUAGAGAAGGUAGCAAGUUGCAGUGCUUGGGAGGUGUGGCAAACCCUAUUUGUGGUUCUCACAUCACAUAUGUUUUUUCACAUGCUUACGAUAAUGGGCUGAAGCUCAAGUGCAUUUGCCAAAAGCAAGUCAGCUUGUCAGCAACUAGUGAAAUUAAUGGGAACACAUGAUUUUAUGAUCUAGCGUUAUCACACGGACAUACUCCACUUACAAAAAAUCACAUUUCAUUGACAUUCCUUUGAACCUCUGCAUAGAAGUCAUCAAACUGUUUACACACAGAACAAAAAAAAAUUAAAACUUCCUUUUUUUACAUUUAUGAAGCAAAAGUGCAGUGUUUGGGUUCAUAUGUUUAGCACAUGAUUUUCAUAAAGAAUCUAUAUAUUUUUGCCCUACAGAGAAUUGUUAUACAGGUCAAAUGUGUUUUCCUGAUGUUCCUAUGCAGUUACAGUAUAUUGAAUUUAGUGGUUUAACACUAAAAAGAAAAAAAAAAAAAAAGAAGAAAAAAAGAAAAAAAAAGGAAAAAAGAAAAAAAUAGAAAAAGGAAAAAAGGUUAAAGAAAUCAAAUGAUUAAUCAGUUUUUAGGGUUAUUGUGCGGAUUUUGUUUUUAAAUUGCCACAUUAGGAUUUACAUUUUUGUCAUGAUUAAAAUAGGCCUGGAGUUCUAAAUAUUUUACUUUCUUUCAUCUCUGUUAUAAGCUAAAAAUGGUUUAGAAGAGAGAAUAACUGGGGUGGCGAUUGUUGAUAUGUACAACCAAAUCUCACAACAUGAUUCCAGUCUUUUAUUUUGAAUUAGAGAAAUUAGAGAAAUGUGCGUUACAGAAUGUAUGUGAAUGAAAAAUUAGCUGUGAAUAGACCUAAUGAACCUGCAGAGAAGAGAACUUUUAUCCCCAUUCACGGUCAUUUGACGCUUAUUCCUUAGUCAUGUGCAAACAGCUUUGUAGCCAGUCUUAUUUUCCCAUCAGAAGAAAGAUCAAGUUUUCUAACCGGAGAAGAUAAAUUAAAACUUGGCGGAUUGAGUGUUUCAGGAUUAAAAGCAGAGGUAAAAGCGUUUCUGAAGGACAUUUCUUUAAGAGUAUUUUCCUAAUUUGCACAGUGGUGCUACUUUCUUCCUCAGUGGCUCUUUUGGGUUUUGUCCUACGUAUGGAACCGCGAAGACAAUUUUGGUUCAUCAUAGACAUUUGAGGUUUAGUAUCGUCAGUGCAUUUCCAGUUACGGGGUAAAACGUUGAAAGAAAAAGAAGAGAUUUAUGUCUCAGAGGAUCCGUUGACAUCGUAUUUGUAGGAAGCAGAUCAUUUACGAAUAGGUGCCGAGGGAAUGAGGCUGGGAUUUUAGUGUCUCAUGAGAGACAGCUGGACCAUCACCGUGGACCUUUGUCUUACCUUUACCAACGCUCAUAAAUAAAAACAAAUUCUGACUUGUCUUGUCAUACGAUUAGAUUGUCCUUGUCGUGGUUGAGAUGCUGAGUUGAGAGGACUGGAAGGCCUCUGCACUGUACCAGUAUUGUAGAUAACUAAAAUAUCCAGCUUGUGCAAUUGUUUAAUCCCUCAUCCUUCACUAGCACUAAAUUCGUCACUUUAAAUUUAAAAACCAGGGAAUCCCACCAGCCAUCCUGUUAUCAUCCCCCAUAGGUUCUUGAUCUUUACCUGUCAUGAAAAGAUAUUUUGAUAGAUCGUAGUCAUCCAAGUGUCUGAUGAAACCUUUCAUCUAAUAACGUACUGGGCACCUUCUUUGCAAAAAUGUUUACUUCGUGGUUUUCAUUCAUUUUUAUUUCUGCAUUCUGACACAUAUUUUUUUAAUAAAGAUGAGAAAGAUAAAAUGACUGUUGCAGUACAUUUCUAAACCUACUUUAACUUUACCUCAGAUAAUGACCAUUUGUUAACAUAUACGGACACAUUAUUUUUAACUCUAUGUAUAAUGCAUUCAGCAACAACAAAAAAACCCAACAAAUUUUUAGAAAUUUUCCAUUAAUUUCUGUAACACACCAUGUAAUACUGUUAUGAAUAAAAACAUUUAAAAAAGGCGUCAUUUCAGUAAGUUUGUUUCAUAGCUUUUGCUCUUCUCUGAUAAUUCUGCCAUUCUUACAGUGCAGUGUUGGUGUCUGUCAUGGCCAAUGUUUGUGACAGUGUAAAUAUCUGGGAAAGGAGAAAAAAAAGUGCCUCGAUUUGGGGAAUACCUAAUCUUAAACAUUCUAAGUGUUGCUUAUCUUGCAAAAAUAACAUUGUUUGAUAUUCAGAGGUACCAAGUACUGGAUCUCUCAGUCGAGAUAGAUAAAGAGUAGUACCAUUCUUUGCCAAGCGAGUAAUGCAAAUAUGCAAGAUACAACAUCAAAAUUGAAGAGUAAGAAGUACCUGUCUAUACACAGGAGGAGAGAGAGGUGUGGAUGUGUGCACGUAUAUUUUAUUUUAUUUCUUCUUCUUGAUGUCUCAUCCCUUUCUCAUCCACCAGAAAUGUCCAGUAGGUCAUGAGGAAACGUUCAUUGCCUUUGUCAGUGAACAUUGUUGAAAUACUUAGAUCCCACCUGAGAAUAAAGGUCAUUCUGUUGUGAUGAAAACAUGCUAGUGUUAAUGUCAUUUUGACUUUGUAUGUAGCUAACUGUAUUCAGAUGUCCUUGGAAGGAGGAACGUGAUCUCUCUGGUUUCCAACGAGCUACGAAACAUCAACUUAAAGUCAAAUAAGGCACAGUUAAGCAUGGUUUUACAUUAAAAUGCAUUUUUACAAUGUAGGCCAAAUCUAGUCUUGUUGAUAUUCAUGCGGUACCCCCACAUUGAAGUUGUUUUUUGUUGAAAAAUCAGAAAAAUUGGCUCGUGUUGCACAGUUGCUAUGCAGAAUCAGUUUAAAAAUCCAGAAUGAGCCGGUUUGAGAUCUAGUCCAGUGACAGUGAGGAAUCUCAAAGUAGGAAGGACCUGGCUGCGUGUUGGCAUUGUUCAGAAGGGGGAAAAAAUCUGAUUGUUACUGUGUUGUGUCAAUGUACUAUAUUACAUUCAUAUUACUGUAACUUAAGCGCACUAGGAGUCUCUGGAUUGUAUAUGAGAGUAUGCAACUCAAACAUGACUAGUUCAAGAAAUGGUCCCGAUUUAACUAAUGCUAAUUAAGGCCAUGAUCUGCUGCAGUAAUGAGAAUUUAUUUAGCAAACAGUUUGCAGAAUCAACCUGCGGUUUUAGAGAAGUGAGGACUCUGACAGAUCUUUCUUUUCCAUGUCAGUGACUUCUGGGAAAGCAAUUGAUUGUAUAGACUGGGAACAUGCAAUUUUAACUCGUUUACGUUGGAUUAAAGGCAAUAUUUUAUGUGCUUUAAUCACUACACAGUGACAGUUGCUGCAGCAGAUAAGCUAACUUCUUUCUUCCUUUUUCUAGGUUGUGAUAUAUAUUUCCAUGUAGCAUUUCCUUCUUUCUUUCUUUGCCUUCUAAGCAGCUCUGUCCUGUCAGGUUCAUAUUUAUUACUUUUCUGGCAAAUACUGUUCUCAGUCAGAAGAAUAUCAUUUCAAAGAAAUGAAAGGGGAUAUCUGCUGGCAAUUUUCUACAGAGGUUUGAAUCCAUUGUCUACAAUUGUCUCUUUAAGCCAACGUGGAAGGCACACAGUGGUGACUGAACAAAGUAAAAGUCCAUAUGGCAACCAGAAGAUGGAGGGUUUGGGUGAAUGUGUGAGCCUGGAUCAUCUACAGAAGCAUCUAUACUAACACGUUUGCUAUCGCUGUCCUUACUGCUGUAUGUACUACUCCUGGCUUCUGGUUCUGCUCCUGUGUGUGAAAUCAGUGGGAUUCACCCCCUGUUCCUGGCUGUGGUCUGAUGUUACUACUGCAAAAGUCAUGAUUUGUAAGGGUACUUCUGUCGACGAGGUCUUACACAAGUUGGUCUUCUCAUACAGAUUUGCUUUUUAGGAUCAGCCUCGUUAAACCUUUUUUUUUUUUUUUUUUUUAUAAUACCUAAGGUAAAGCAGAGGGCUGGCAUGGGGAAGGAAAAAGGGUAUUUUUUUCUUGCUUUACUUGCUGUCUGAAAGUGUGGGGAAACUAAAUUAUACAUUUCAACAUGACAGUGAGGAAUAUGGGGAGAUAUCCUGAUACGAUUUCCUGAUUACCUGUAACAUUGCCUGUCUCUUUCUAAAAUUAUACUACUGGAGGCAGGAAAUAUCAGGUCUAUUAGUGAAACGACUCUCAGGCUAUUAGUUUUUAGAGCUUUAAAUAGUCUUAUCUCAAUGGACGUGUUUGCCCUGUGGCUCAUCUAUCACCCCUAAAAUGUUUUAUCAGCACCUGAAAAAUCUCAAUAAGAAGAAUAGCCUCAAAUGUUACUCAUUCAAGGGGCUUUCAGAUACAGAAUGUGUUUUUUAAAAAAAGGUCUUUUAAGAUCUGAUAUUAUUUGCUGGCUUUUCAACCCCAUUUCAUAGCUCCCGCAGCACCACUUCUAUAAAUACUCCUUACCAGUGAAGAAAGGAGAUCACAAUAGAUUAAAAGAAAACCAGGUUAACGGGCAGCAAAUCGAUGUCCAUUCAGCCUCAGACAUUUGUGAAAAUAAAGGAUUAUGAAGAAUUAUUGCCAGGUACUAGCUGUGUGAAAACCUUUUGUGGCAUCUGUGUCUUCUUUAACAGAUAGUUAUUAGAGAUCUAAGAAAAGCUCUCGGCGUCAGAAGCCAGUUGUAUUAGAAAUAAGCAGAAGUUACAAUGCUGUAAGAUGUUGCGGUUUUUUGUAAAUUUUGUACUGCUUGACAUAUUCAGAUUAUGAGUGUCUUGUUUUUUCUUUAAAAAAUGCUGUUUCUAGUUUAAAAAGGAGUUUGUGUGUGUGUUAUCUUGAGGUCUAAUGGAGAGGAGAUGGAGACAAGGGAUGGGGCAUGGUGGGUUUUUCUUUCUUUGUCUACUCAUUACUGCAACCCCUGUCUUACCAUCUUCACAGGACCUUGGAAUCAGAGCUUUCAGAGUAGAUGAACCUGUGCCCAAUUUGGACUGAGUCACUACAAGGCAUUAUUUUUAGUAAUUCAAAAGCCAGAAAAGAGAAUUAAGCUCAACAAGGUGAGUUUUUUAUGUCCAGGGCCUUUCAGAGACCAGCCUCACCACCAGAAAAUAACUGUAUUAGUAACAAAAAUGGUGAUGCAACAGAGUCAGUUGUAGUAAACAUCUGAAAACAUUCCUUAGGGUUUCUUACUUGUAAAUUUUACCAUAUAUUUGCCACCUUACAUUCAUCACCAUUAAAAUUGGUGGGCAAGCCUCCUCUUACCUUUGAAUGAGCCAGUUGUGUUCUUCUGCAGAAGGGAUAGUGUUACAAGUUAUGAAGCAGGGAAUGAAAAGAUUGUCUCAGAGAAGAAGAAAAAGAAACUUUUUUUGAAAAGUGUGCUAACACCACCAUAAACAGCUGCUUGCUGGCUCCAAUCUAACCUUUCCCGGGGAAGGCCUUUCAUCUCUGAUGUGUUCCACUGUUUUUCUUUGGAAAGGAAACUGCCAUUAAAAAAAAAAAAUCUUGUUUGGUGAAACUGUAUAGGUUUUAUUUACAGGGAGCAAGGGGUUACAAACUUACGUUGGUCUUAUGAACUCUGCAAAGGAUGCGUUGCACUGGAAAGCUCGGUGUUCAUGGUGGACACUUAGUGAGGCUUCAUUUUCAACUGUGAUGAAACCCACGUUCAGUGACUUACAGCAUUGUUAGUGCUAAGUGCUUUGGGACUUCAAAACAGCUCAGCAGACAGCCACGGCUAUUACAGUCAGCAACGAAGAAGGAGCAAGACUGGGGAAAGGACACAGGCGGUGUUACCAGGUGACGUUCCCGCUGAUCCAUGGACCCGCUACGCCCCAAACUGCAAGGAAGCAGAAAAUGAGCUAUGCUUGUUGUCAUAAAUUUUAUGUGUUAGACCUACCUCUGAUUAAACAAGAUUAUAAAUUAUGUGGAAAACCUGAUUUUGCUUUUCAAUUCUCUCUGAAAAGUAUGUUAACAUGUAGGAAAUUUUGUCUCUUGGGUCCUCGCUCCUGUUUUAACCUAACUUCUUUUCUGCUAAUUCAGGACCAGGCACGUUCACCACUAAGAUGCGCAUGGUAAGAGACAGCCAGCAAACAGCAGCAGGUUGCCUUGAGAUCUUCACACGCCAGGAUCAUGUCAUGGUUUGCAGUUAAAUCUAGAGGGUGCUCUGUCCUUAUAAUCUUAGCUUGUCUUUUGCUGCUAUUGAAAUAUUAGAUGUGUACUGCAUUUCGCAGCCAGUAUAGGUCCCGCGUAUGGAGAGGUCUAUUCUGUAAGUGGGGUUUUUUUGUCAUGGACAAAUGAUUAACAGGUAAAUCAAUUGUGUCAAAGGUUGAGCAAGCCGUAUCACGUAGGCACAUCUUGGGUUCAGUCUGGGGCAGUCAUCUGAAACACAAAAAGAAGGCAAAAAAGGCAAACAAAAAGCUUUGCACAGCCUAAGCCAUCUUUCCUAACAGUUUGUCCUCCACGUCUAAGGGCAGUUAAUCACUGACUGUGUGUUCAGUAACUUUGGGUUAAAAAACUGGCCACCUGAAAUACAGUCUUUUUAUUCAGAGCAGAUUCCUACAAGGAUUCAGUUAAUGUGCUUCUCUGUGUGAAGUUGUUAUCAUCAAGCUGCCGAACUAGAAAGAUGCAACAGCCAGCUGCUUAUUUUGCAGAGACAUGGCUCCGCAGUCAGAAUAAUGUCAUUUGUAAGGCACUUAUUGUAGGUUAAGACUACUUAGGAUAAUGAAGGGAAAGACUGUUGUGUCUCAGGAAUCCAGAAGCCAUACCUGAAGUGAGAAGCGGCAGGACGCGAAAGCUCCCUCAACAGGCAACCAAAGAAAAAUUCUGCAGUUUUGAAGAUCCUGAUCUGCCUUUGAAAGCCCAGCUGAACUGAUGGGAAUCAGCCCUUGGUCUUGCUUCCAUGGGCUCAAGACUUUGCGUAUGUGGAGCAGAGAAUCUCUAUGGAAGGGCCCAGCCAGGGCUGGGGCUCUCGUCUUCCCCUGCAGCAUGAGCCCGAGCCUGAGCCCCGGCGAGAAACGGCAAAGGGCAUGCGCAGGGAUGAAGGCUUUCCCUUGGCCAUGAGAAUGACUGCUUAUGCCUUGUGCCUGGCCUUCCUCUGGAAGACAUGGAAAGCAGAAAUAAAUAAAUGAUUUUGCACUCUA